AUGCAGUCGCCGUACAUUCUCUCCUAUAUACAUCCACUCAUCAAUUUAACUGAUUCGUUUGUGAACUUUGAUAUUGUUAUCACUAAAGGAUUUUUAAACUCCUUGAUGAGAGUGUAUAUUUAGUGGUCUUUAGUUGUUAGUUUGGAAAUAGUAUAUUGCUGUCAGUGUAUGAAAACGAUAAAAUGGCUUUUUCUGAUAUUACCCCAACUCCAACUAUUGUUGAACAUGGUCCUCUUGGAUUCAUUCAUGGAUUUUUAGCAUCACUUUCCAUGAUUGUUGUUUCUGAAAUUGGCGAUAAAACAUUUUUCAUUGCUGCAAUCAUGUCAAUGAAACACUCUCGUCUAACUGUUUUUACUGGUGCUAUAUCAGCUUUGGCACUCAUGACAGUUCUGUCAGUUGUGUUUGGUUGGGCAGCAACUAUAAUUCCUAGGGCUUAUACUUAUUAUAUUUCGACAGCUUUAUUUGCAAUAUUUGGAAUUAAGAUGUUGAGAGAGGGGUGCAAAAUGUCACCUAAUGAAGGUCAAGAAGAGUUUGAAGAAGUGCAGUCUGAUCUUCGAAAAAGGGAUGAAGAGUUUGAAAAAGAAGUUUUAAGCUCCGAUGUAGAAAAUGGUACUGCUACAAGAAAACAAAGUAAUGUUUUCUUUGUUGUAUCCAGAAUUAUACUACAGGCCUUCACCUUAACUUUUCUAGCUGAAUGGGGUGAUAGAUCACAACUUGCAACAAUCAUUCUAGCUGCAAGGGAGAACGUUUAUGGUGUUACAUUGGGAGGUAUUUUGGGUCAUUCUUUAUGCACUGGUUUGGCAGUUAUUGGAGGACGAUUCAUUGCACAAAGAAUAUCAGUAAGAACAGUAAUGAUGAUUGGAGGAGUGGUUUUUCUUAUCUUCGCAUUUUCUGCCCUGAUCGUUGAUCCCACUUGGGGCAGCUAAUUAAAGGAAAGAAAAUGAUAAUUAAAUAAACAUUUUUCAUACAGAAGGUUUUGAUUAUUUGCUGUUUAUAGAAUAUAUUUUUUGAUUUGGUGACAAAAAUACCUAACUCAAGUCCUUUGCUAGGUAAUUUUAAUAAAAUUAUUUACAAAACAUGGAUCUGUAUGUAAUAACACUUCAUGGUACCUUUUAAUCAUCAUCAUCUUUUAAUUCAUUAAAAAUAUAUUUCAAAUAGUUUACACGUAUUACAAUAUUUG